CCAUAAAAAGAAUCAAUUAUUGCUAAUACUGUUAUUUUACCUUCAAAUGCAGUCCAAAAUUCAAAUUCCAUCUGAAUUCCAUGAACUUUGGAAAAGGGAAUUGAAUCGAUUGAGCUACGGCAGGAUUGUAGCAGAAAAACUAUGGGCACAAGUCAAUUUUGAAAUGCAUGGUACAGAGUACUUUAUGCAUGGGAACCAGAUUACUGAAGUUUUUGGAAUUGAAAAACCAAUAAGGGUCCUCCUUGAUUAUCAGAUUACCAACAAUGAUUUUCACAUGACCUUUGUAAGUUAUGUUGAGGAUGUGGAACACUCUAACCAAACAGAGGUUUUAGCAAAUGAAUCAGAUGGGAAUGAAUCAGAUGGAGCAACGGAAGUCCAGAAUGAAAUGGAGGAAGACCAACACGAAGAAGAUGAUGCUGGACAAGAACAGGAUGAUCUAACAGUUACAUGGAAUACAACAGUAACAAAGGCCAUUUCUAAUCUUUCAAAGAAACAAGUGCUGCACUUCCCAAAUCCUAUUUCAAGGGGAGUGCUAGCCAAUACUAACCAGAUUCAGCUAAUAGCAGAAGACAGUGAUUUUGAAAUUCCAUGCAAAAUUCAUACUUCAGAAAGAUCGCUGAAAACUGGAAAAUUUGAAAAGCAUAUUGGCAGAGGAUGGUAUGAAUAUGUACGCCUUCACAGGCCAAGGAUUGGGGAUAAUAUGGUGUUUGUGCUGUAUCCAGAAAGACCAGAGCUAUAUGUGAGGCUGGAACGUCGUAAUAUGAAUCGGGAUUAG